CCAGUUUACAAGAUGGCGGACACAAACAAACGUCUUCCAUCCGACUGGCACGACGAUGAUCGCAUGAAUUUUAUGUUUUCAGCAUUCCCAGAACACAGACAUGUCAAUCCUAAACACUGGGAUAGUAAGCUUCAAUUCUGGCGAAAAUUAAUCUUAGAAAACUGCGAUCACAAUCACGAACUUUGUGUGGACUUUGAAACUUUGCGAAGAAGAUUCACAAGAAAUGGUUUAGUUCCUUUAGGACUUGAAACUGUCUUGGAAGAAAUGCUAAAGACAGGAGACUUACACACGCUUGAUAGUUUUAUGAAAGGACUGAAUAAUACUUGGUUUUCUUGGGGUUUUGAUAUUGCUAAGAAAUCAUUUUCAUGGACAGUUGGAAAGUUGUUGUGGGGAAACGAUACAAAAGCAAAAAUGGAAGGGACGGAAUUGUUUAUUAUAACCGAAGUUUUAAAGAACAAGUCUCAGUCAUUACUAAAAAUGCACCGUGAAAGUGUGGAAUAUGAAGCGACAGACCAUAUAAUCCCUUGGAAUGUUCUGAAGGCUAGAUGUAAUAGAGGAGGGCUGAAACUGGCUGAUGGAGAUUUGGAUUUGGUUAUUUGUUACCUUCAAAAGGAGAGGAAGGUUACAGCACAUGUAACAAAUGAAGGAGAAAAGGUUAUCAAGUUUGUAGGUAAAGAUGAGAGUACCGUAAGCACUGUGAGUGAGAAAGACCUUGGAAUAUUAAGGAUUAAGAAAACCAUGGCGUCAUUGACAUUAGAAAUAAACAAGUUGGAGAAAACCAGCGAAAGUUGCAAGCAGAAGGCUAAAGAGUUUUCGAGUAAAGGGCUUAGAAAAUCAGCACUUACAGUACUCAAGAAAAAGGCAAGUAUUCAGAAGACCUUGGAUAAAAUGCAUGGAAGUCUACAUACAUUGGAAGAGUUGCUGCACAGAAUACAACAAGCAAAUACUGACAAAAUGAUCAUUGAUACUCUCAAGUCAGGUUCCAUUGCUCUUAAGACAAUACAAGAAGACCUCAGGGCAGAGGAUGUGGAUAAAGUGAUGCUUGACUUAGAACAGACUCUUGAUGAUGCAGAGGACAUUAAACAAGCCAUUGCACAAGGAAACCAGGCCAUAAGUGAUCGAAAUGAGGAUGAAAAUUUAGAAGCUUUGGAGAAAGAGCUCGCAGCACUCUCCCUUAAAACAGAUGGGAACAAUUUAUCAACAAACAAUGAAAAGAUAUCAACGGCAGAAGAAAUGGCACCCUCUUCAAAAGUCCCGGGAGACACGAAAUUAUUGAGGUUCCCCGAACCACCAAGUCACAGCCCGUCGAAAACAGACCAACCUUUUGAAAGCAAAGAAAAACGAAGAGAAGCGCUCAAGAUAUAGAGAAGGAUUCUUGAGAAAGCUCUAUUGGGUUCGGUAGUUUUGAUUUUAGCCCAGCGCAUAAUUAAAGCUACAAGAUCUGAGGUUCCUUGGUCGUGAUUUUUUGAUUCUUGCAAAUAAUAAUAAUAAUAAUAAUAUAUUCUUAAAAGCGCAUAUAACUCUGAGAGUCUCUGCUCUUUGUGAUAGUUUUUUAAGACCUAUACAAAUGCAAACUAAUCUAUCUAUCUAUCUAUCUAGGUAAAAUAAAAUGCAUUAUCCUUAGGAUAUUAGGAAUAACUCAAUGCUUAGAUAGUAUUCCGCUGUUACGCACUGAUCUUUAAGAAGUGUACUGCACAAGAGUUAAAUACUCUAACAUCUCACUGUCUGGGACGCAAGGACAUUUAGAGCAAGUGUAAUUAUUCAGAGACUGUCCAGCUAAUGAACUUAUGAUUGUCGCUCGAUGUUUUAAUAUAAUAGGCAGAUUAAGAUUCCCGUUUUUUCUUCCCGCAAACGGCAAACAUGACCACGUUUUCAUCGUUUCCCUACAUUCCACUUAACCUUUUGCAAACCUUCCCGACAAAGACACAUAUUCGUAUAGUUUUUAUCUACUACUUGGAGAUCAUUGCGAUUCCUUUUCACUAAUUUUAUAGAAUUUUUUAAUGGUCAACUGACGUUUCACGUUUGCCGUAAACGAGAAGCUUAACCUAUCUAAUGCUAAAGAAGACACUCGAUGUAGGUUACAGGCAGACAUGCGCAGUUACCAUAUAAAUUAAGUGUUAUAAAAAAACUAUUUGGGUUGCCUGUGGUAUUUCACCUUGUGUUGCUAUUACAUAAUCUAAUAAAAAGACAACCGUUGUUA